AUGUUUGGUAACGCAUUUCACUUACGUAAUAGGAUCCAUAAAAGGUCCAGUUCCUCUGAUAGACUCGAUCAAGAUGAGUCCAGUGAUGAUGGGGAUAAUGCCCCUAAUAUUGUGGAACAGAAGACCAAGGAUAUUAAGUUAGUGAAGCCGCUAAAGAGGCCAAGAUUGAGCAAUUGCUGCUCACCCACAACACCCAUGGCUAAUAGGUUACAGACAAUGGCGGUUGCUUGGCAUAUUUCCUCAUUUGUGCUGUUUAGCAUUUUCUCCCUGUUGAUUAUUUCCAAUCCAUUCACAUGGAUAGUUGUAAUUCCUUAUCUCAUUUAUUUCUUCAAUGACAGGUCUCCAGCUAAUGGGGAUGUAGUCUACCGAUACUCACCUUGGGUACGUUCUUUAAAGAUUUGGAAAUACUAUUGUGAUUAUUUCCCUAUUGAACUGGUUAAGACGGUUGAUUUGGAACCUACGUUUACACCAUGUAAUGAAGAAGAGGAGAAGGAAAACAAAAAGCUUCAAGAAUAUUAUACUUUACGUCUCUGGCCAUCAGACUACGAGAUAAGAUUGUUCAAGAAGAACACCGUGUAUUCGCACGGCUAUAAGCGCACGGGGCCAAAGUAUAUCUUCGGAUAUCAUCCACAUGGUAUUGGUGCUUUAGGAUCGUUUGGUGCUUUUGCAACAGAAGGACGUGGCUGGUCUAAUAAAUUUCCGGGCAUUCCGGUAUCUCUAUUGACUUUAGUUACACAAUUCCAUAUUCCUUUCUAUCGUGAUUAUCUGCUUUCGGUUGGGAUAUCAUCAGUUUCCAGGAAGAAUGCUUUGAAAGUUCUUGAUAAUAACCAAUCGAUAUGUAUUGUUGUUGGUGGGGCUAGAGAAUCUUUAAUAAGCAUUCCUGGUACAUCUGGAUUAAUUCUAAAUAAAAGGAAGGGGUUUAUUAAGUUAGCUAUUCAAGCCGGUAAUGUUAGUCUUGUCCCAGUGUAUACUUUUGGCGAAAAUGACUGUUAUAAUAUAUUAGCUACAGAUGAGACAUCCAUCAUUAGGAAAUUACAGCUCUGGGUUAAGGAAAAUUUUGGAUUUACUAUACCAAUUUUCUACGCAAGAGGAUUAUUCAACUAUGAUUUUGGGCUAUUGCCAUUCAGAGCACCUUUACAUGUGGUUGUUGGUAGGCCCAUACAUGUCAAAGAACAGCAAGAAAAUCCUGAACAAAGCCUUGUUGACCACUACCAUGAACUGUAUGUGGAAGAAUUAAAAAGAAUAUAUUUAGAAAACAGAGACAGGUAUGGCUAUGGUGCAGCAGACUUUGAAAUAUUGGGAUAA